UCGUUAGUCGACAACUGCCUAUGAGUGUCAACCUUUCAGCACGCUUUCUAUUAUCAGAAAACUUUAUCAGUGAUGAAAAAUUCAGAGUUGCUUUUAGUUAACCAACAACACGAUUUUCUUCAUCGGGAGCGCGUUAACUGACUGUAUUUGCAAUCGGGACAUAGCGUCGAAUAAUACAGACAACACCACAGUUGGCUAAAUCGUGCAUGCGGUACGAUGGCAAACUCAGUUCACAUCCAGUGUCAAGAAAGUUUCCUAGAAUGUCAAAUCUGCAUAGAAAGAUUCAAGGACCCACGCAUUUUACCAUGCCAGCACUCGUUCUGUAAGUCAUGCUUAGAAAAACUGAUAACAAACGAUUGUUUAAACGAAGAGAAGGCGAUCCUGAACAGAAUUUUUAAAUGUCCAACGUGCAGGAAAAAAUGUAAAGUAAGAGGAGAAGAUAAUAUUAAUUUCGAUGACACGUGGAAGGCCUUUCCGAAAAGUCUAACAUUGGCCAAUAUUAUCGAAGAAGCUUCAAACUUGCAGUCUGCGAAGACAAAAUCUUCUACUCCUAUGGAUAAAACAAAAAUCCGUAUCAGAACAAUCCGUGACCAACAGCGCAAAGCAAAAGUGUCAGCAUUUCGCCGACAGAACGCAUUUUACAGUGGUGAGUCCAUCGACACAAACAAUUUUGGCCGGACGAUUGACGAAGCGAUACUUUUUGACGACCAAUCGAACAAUAUGGACCAAACAAGAUUUUCGGAACAUGUAAGAGCGCUCAACUUGCAAGUAAAUGAUAAAACAAAUAGACAUACCGUUAAGCGCAAAGAGGUCGCCACCUUUAACCCAUACCAUACAGCAACAAGGGCCUCAAUCUAUUAUGAUCAUACUUUCUCUCAACGGACCUUCAAUAGUGCCGAAAGAUCAUUUGGUGGCAUGGUAUCUGUAAAUAACCUUAGACGUAUUUCAGCCUCAGCAACUAAUAGAAACCAAAGCUGCUUGUGGAGGUGUGUUCGUGCCGUACAAUUUGUUUUGGGCUAUAUGUUAUAUUUAAUUAUGUUUACAUUAUGUUUUUCUCCGCUUUUGGUCAUGCUAAACUUAAUCAAAGACGUGAAACUCCCUGGCAUUUAUAAAUUGACAAAGAGCAUAUUUACGGGAUAUACAUAUGUUUUUAUAAUAUUUUAUUACAUCAGAGUGUUAAUUAUCCUUUCGUGGAACGAAGUGUCUGUUUUUUCAGCAGUAUUGCAGUUCUGUCUGCUAUAUUUUAUAAUGUGGAAACUAGUAAUCCCCUGUAUGUUCCAAGGACGCAUCUGCCAACGCGAAGAAUUUAGCUUUACUAAUCGAAUAUGCUCUAUACUCGUGUUGAUUGAGAAUGUGCAUUUAGCCAUUGCAUACAGUGGUAUCUUUUACAAAGCAAUGCACCUUAAUUUUAAACCGCUACUGUGGAUAUGUCUAGCAUAUUUUGGAGAAUUUUGCGUGCAAUUGUUCUUUCUCCCUUACAUUGAAAGCUCACAUUACAUUGAUAUCACCUUUAGGGGUGUUGCCUCAGAUUUAUACGUCGGGAUUAGUUCGACCUAUUGAGAUUUGUUACAACCAGUCGAGAUUAGGUAAAACUGUCGGUAUAAGUCGAUCAUAUCACCAUAAAACAAAUGUAUGCGAAUGUUUUACAACUUGUUUUCAGACAUUUUCCGGCAUUAUUUGGUCUAUGUAAGUUAAUACAAGAAGUUAUUGAAAUCAUAUCAACAAAUGUUCAAUAAGAUGAAUUAUCAUCUGUUCUGCUGAAAUUAUGACAUAAAACAUACCUUUACAAAGAUUAUGGAUGUCGAACCUUAAAUUGAAACACAUUCUUUAAGAGACACUUUCUUUGUAGGCCCGUCAUUGUCGCUUUCAUUUAUCUGCACUUAAGUUGAGUUUGCUCAAUUGGUGCGUCUGUCAAAAUAUUGUAUAUUUUAAUAAAUUUAUAUGUUUUUAUAUAUAAUUUUACAUAAAAAAUGGUCGAUGACAAUAAUAGUGUUGUUUAUGAUGAGAAAAACCCACAUUAAUUAGUUUGCCAAAUGCAUUUAUAUAUUGAUUUUUAAAAUCUAAAAAAAAGUGUUUUAAAAAGUAAGAAUUGUAUUGUUUUAUCUGCUACAUGGCAAUCUGAAUACCUUGAUUUCUAAACAUUUAUCUUAUCAUAUUAUGUCACGUAUGAUUGGCGAAAUGACUUAAUUUUCAUUCGAUUUUAAUUGCUGUAUAACUGAUAACAAACGACUUACUUUCCAACUUUUAUCAUUCAUUAAGGUUUUUACACAGUUUUAAUUAAAACGAGCUUUUUACAUAAUUGCAAAUACAUUUUAAAUCAUUUUUGUAAUUUGUUAUUAACACCCCUCUUGGAUGUAAACUACAUAAAUACAUUUUACCUACAAUAUCCAAUUUGAUAUUGUACAUUUUAUAAAUGUAUUCACAAGGAAUUUCAUUUACUUCUACAUUUUGUGUAUGCUUAAUGCAUAAAAAAUGACAACUUUAAACAUGUUUUAAUAAAUGUAAAAGUAAAGAAAUAAUACAAAUUGCAAAGGCUGCGUAAAAUUUUUUUACAACACAAAAGACAUUUUCACAAAGAUUAUCCUAUUAAUUAUGUUUUUAAGCAAAGGUUGGGGAAAGUGAUUUUACAAGCGAUUCUGUAUACUUAACAUUGGACCUUAAAUUAUGACAAUGACUUUGGUCAUUUGGUAUCUAAUUCCAGCGUUUGCCACUCCCACUGCUUCACUGAAUCAGUAUGUUUCAAACUUUAGCCUCAUUAUGUGCAGUAUGUGUAGAUCAUAUUCACAAUUGCGAUUACGCUUUGACCUUGCAUUGUGAUUUCGACCUGGGUCUUGUUCUUGCAACUUCUCCAAACAAAGCUUCACAAUGUGUUAGAGGUGCUUUCUCAUAUGUUCAUUUGACAUUAAAAUUUGUGACUUGGUUGUUGCAUUUUACAUCCUUCGAUAUUGUUGCCAUGUUUCUUCAGCCAGAAAACCGUUCACGAUUAAUAAAAUUGUCCUCUAAAACGAUUUGAACUUGAACUGUUAACUACAUGUAUAACUAAAUUCUUGAGACCAUGUUUCUUUACGUGAGAGAUCAAUGCACAAUGAUUGUCGCCUCUGAACAGACUAAUAAAAAAUAAUCAAAGCUCAA